AUGUCGACCACAAGUCCCACGGGGCCUCAUGGAGCGGAACAAGAAGAGCAGGAUUUCGUUCACCAUAUCGCCAUUGAGCUCUCCCGCUUGCUCAACUCUAUCAACCCUAAUGACCUACUUGCCAAACGUGUGAUAGAUAUCGCAAAGUACAACAGGACAGGAGACUCGUUUUUGAAAGCUACGGCGGCGUUUGGAAAAUUUCCAGAGGAUACCAUGUUGUCCAUGCACUCUCGCAUUCUGGCUCAUUUGGCAAUGUCCCGCGCCACUAGACAUCGCUCAGGUUCACCAGAUGGUACCAAAGGAGGUGGAGAAGAAGGAGGGAUGGAAGGGAUGGACCAUGAAGCUGGUGAUACCCUCGCUGCCGAACCUAAAAGGAAAGGUGGGCUCAUGAGGUCGGGCGAAUCCGUGGCAUACCGACAACCUCAAGGUGCGCGACCUUCUCUACUCGGACUUGACAAACUCGCUGCAGAGAAGAGGGCUGUCGCUGCCGCUGCAGCCAAGUCUGAGCCUCCGAGCAAACGAGUGAAGAUGGAGCCGAUGGAGGAUGAGAAUGGAGCCUCCUCUUCUGGUGGCGUUUUCAAGGUCCCUUCCCUUCCUGUAAAGAGAGAGACGGCUCGUGUGCGACCUGACGAGACUCCCAGUCAUGGGGGUGGAUUAUCAGAAGAGGCUCGUCGUCGACUCGAGGCUAGAAGAAAAGAACGUAAUAUGCCAUUUCCUCCAGCUGUCACCGCUAUCAAACCCGAUCCGAGUGCGGAUAGAAAGCGAGGCAUCGAAGACUUCCAGUCUCGAGCGAACCGAGCCACGGUGGGUGGAAGGGAUCGAAAUGGAGACCGAAAUAAGGAGAGCAGUGGGGAUCGGCGUGGUCAAAAUGGUGCCCCAGGCAAAGGAUGGGAUGCUGCUCCAACACCACGAUCAGUCAAAGUUGAGCGUGAAGCAGAUAGCGGGAGUAUGAGAGUGCCCAAUAGAGGCUGGGACGAGACGCCAAGACCUGGUGAUAGAGGAGGUUGGGGUAAAGAAGGCACCGCGGCCAGAAAAUGGGACGAGACACCACGAAAGGGAGUGAAACAAGAGGAUGAGGAUGGCGUACAUCUGGAUUAUAAAGAAUGGGAGGAAGAACAAGUUCGACUCGAUAGGGAUUGGUAUACCGUUGAUGACGAAGGAGCAGUCGCUGGAGACGAAGAACAUAACCCUUUCGCUCAAUGGGAGAACAUGGAGAGGUCAAAAGAAUUGGAAUUGCAAGCUAAAGCGAAUAAACGACAAACUGCUAAACAGGCGCAAUUCAACGCCGACAAUGAUCUGUGGGAGACGAAUCGAAUGCUUCAGUCCGGUGUCACGCAACGAGGGGCUGUCGAUCUGGACUUUGAAGAUGAUCAAGAUUCCAAAGUCCAUGUUCUGGUACAUGACCUAAAACCUCCUUUCCUCGAUGGUACCAUCGCCUAUACCAGACAGUUGGACCCUGUCAAUCCAGUGAAAGAUCCAACCAGUGACAUGGCGGUGUUCAGUAAGAAAGGCAGUGCAUUAGUACGAGAGCGACGUGAGAGGCAAGAGAGAGAAAAGGCUGCAGCGAAGGCCGCAUCCCUAGCCGGAACGACGCUAGGCAACCUCAUCGGCAUCACAGAUGAGCCCGAGUUAGGAGAAGAAGGACAAAAAAGCGACGAUAAGAAUUAUAAAGCCGGAUCUCAAUUUUCCUCCCACCUUCAGAAAUCCGAAGGGCAAUCUACCUUCGCCAAAAGUCGUACUCUCAAGGAACAGCGGGAAUAUCUGCCGGCGUUUGCCGUCAGGGAGGAGCUCAUGGCUCAUUUACGGGAUCAUCAAGUUUUGGUAGUCAUUGGUGAAACGGGGUCCGGGAAGACCACACAGCUGGCACAAUUCCUGUACGAGGACGGAUAUUGCGCCAACGGAAUCAUCGGUUGUACUCAGCCCAGACGUGUGGCGGCCAUGUCCGUCGCCAAGCGUGUCAGUGAAGAGAUGGAGUGUGAACUCGGUGAUACGGUAGGGUACGCCAUUCGGUUCGAGGACUGUACGUCAAAGUCAACGAAGAUAAAGUACAUGACGGACGGUGUUUUACUACGAGAAUCGCUCAAUGAAGGAGAUUUGGAGAAAUAUAGUGUGAUCAUCCUUGAUGAAGCUCACGAACGUUCUCUUAGCACCGACAUAUUAAUGGGUCUGUUGCGAAAGAUCCUCACUCGCCGUCGAGAUUUGAAAGUUAUUGUGACGUCUGCUACAAUGAACGCCGAGAAGUUCUCCAAAUUCUUCGGCAAUGCGGCGACAUUCACCAUUCCAGGUCGUACAUUUCCAGUCGAGAUUUAUCAUUCCAAAUCACCUUGUGAGGACUAUGUCGAUAGUGCCAUCAAACAAGUUCUCCAGCUUCACCUAUCCAUGCCUACUGGCGACGUAUUGGUAUUUAUGACUGGUCAAGAAGAUAUCGAAACUACGUGUGCAGUCAUUGAAGAGAGAUUGUCUCAACUUGACGACCCUCCACCAAUAGCUGUUCUUCCCAUUUACUCUCAAAUGCCAGCCGAUCUUCAAGCCAAGAUCUUUGAACCUACUUCAGAUGGGAGACGGAAAGUCAUCGUGGCCACCAACAUCGCGGAGACGUCACUAACAGUUGACGGUAUUCUCUACGUGGUCGAUUCCGGUUAUUCAAAGUUAAAAGUGUACAAUCCGAAAGUCGGCAUGGAUGCUUUACAAAUAACACCUAUUAGUCAAGCCAACGCAGGACAAAGAGCUGGACGUGCAGGACGAACAGGACCCGGAUUCUGUUAUCGUCUCUUCACCGAAGUCGCUUAUCUGAACGAACUAUUCCCCAACAACAUCCCCGAGAUACAACGUACCAAUCUUGCCAAUACUGUCUUACUUUUGAAAACCCUCGGAGUUAGAAACCUUCUCGAAUUCGAUUUCAUGGAUCCACCACCUCAAGAAAACAUUUUGAAUUCAAUGUACCAACUUUGGGUACUGGGUGCUCUUGAUAAUGUUGGAGAUUUAACUCCUACCGGUCGUAAGAUGUCAGAUUUUCCUAUGGAACCAUCAUUAGCAAAAAUGCUUAUCGUCGCUACCGAUUAUGGAUGUUCUAGUGAGAUGCUCACUAUCGUUUCAAUGUUAUCAGUACCUUCGGUAUUCUAUCGACCGGCUCAACGAGCGGAAGAGAGUGAUGCUGCUAGAGAAAAGUUUUUCGUACCUGAAUCGGAUCAUCUGACUUUGUUGCAUGUGUACACUCAGUGGAAGAGUAAUGGAUAUAGCGAUAGAUGGUGUAUGAAACAUUUCCUUCAUCCGAAACUUAUGCGAAAAGCAAGAGAAGUGCGAGGUCAAUUAGAAGAUAUUAUGAAAACUCAAAAGAUGGAGGUAGUGUCUUGUGGUACAGAUUGGGAUGUUGUACGAAAAUGUAUAACAGCUGGAUACUUUCAUCAAGCUGCCAGAGUUAAGGGUAUAGGGGAAUAUAUGAAUGUCAGAACUGGUUUACCUUGUGUUUUACACCCCACUAGUGCACUUUAUGGUUUAGGUUAUAUGCCAGAUUAUGUGGUAUACCAUGAACUCCGUGUAUUCUUCUCCAUUAGAGAAAAGAACUUUGACGCUUUGGCAAGAGCAAGAGCCAAUAAAGAUUUCAGUAAACGUACUGAGCUAGAAGCGGAAAUGGCACGUCAAAGAGAAGAAAUCGAACGUAUGAAAAUACAGAAGUUACAAGAAGAAACAAUGAGUAAAGCUCCGAAGAUUGGUGGAAUGACAGUGACUCAUACGCCCAGAAGCGCUGGGAUAGGGGCGGGAGUAAGAGCUUCCGCUACACCCCGUAGAAGAGGGGGUAUUUGA